UAAACAAUGUCUGGACGGGGUAAAGGUGGAAAAGGCCUUGGGAAAGGAGGCGCGAAGCGUCACCGUAAGGUUCUGCGGGAUAACAUUCAAGGUAUUACUAAGCCCGCCAUCCGCCGCUUGGCUCGUCGCGGUGGGGUCAAGCGCAUCUCUGGCCUUAUUUACGAGGAAACUCGCGGGGUGCUGAAAGUGUUCUUGGAAAACGUGAUACGGGACGCGGUCACCUACACCGAACACGCCAAGCGAAAGACGGUCACGGCCAUGGACGUCGUGUACGCACUGAAGCGUCAGGGACGCACCCUUUACGGAUUUGGCGGCUAAGCUGGAACCCACAAGUUUUCUGUAUCAGUCUACCAGGCCCUUUUCAGGGCCACCUAUUUAUUCACUUGAAAGAGCUCGUGGCAUUAAACUGUGGUGUUUUUGUCUUUUCCUUUUUUCUUUGAGAGGAGAUGGGUCUUAGGGAACUUGUGACCUCUGGGUGUAAGUAACUGCUUUAAUAUCUCAUGUUUGUGUACCUGUGCAUUGAAUGCUUACCCUGUGUUGCAGUUACAGUGCCACAUAAAGACUUAAAUUGGGGGGCUCUGUUACUAGGA